AUGAGGCGAGUUGUGCGAAAAAACCAUCUUGAGAAGCCUGCCUGGCAGAACUUUCGGCGCGAGCGCAGCGCCAAGACCGGUGCUUUGAAGGACCGAGUCCUCAUUUUUCCUCCUGCUUUCAGACUACGCCAGCAGGACUGGUCGGAGCUUGCAUUCAGAUCGAAGUUGUGCAUUUGUCCCGACGGUGACUCGCCUAAUACGGGCCGUCUCAUCGAGGUCAUCAUGCACGGCUGCGUUCCGCUGAUCAUUUCCAAUCGCUUGCAGCCCCCUUUCCACCAGUUGUUUGACUGGUCGAAAAUCGCCUUCUUUAUGCGUGAAGACGCGCUUCCACACCUGCCGCACAUCCUCGAGCAGUUUAAAGGCCCAGAGGGUGAUCUUCGAAUCCGGCAGAAGCGUCAUAGACUGGGAGAGAUGUCCCAUCUUCUUGACUACUCACGAGACGGAGUUGCAUCGACUUUGCUUCUGACCCUGCGGGAGCAAGCUUUUGACCUGAGAGAGGCCUCGUAG